AUGAGUGUUAUGGAAUAUACAAGUAGUAGAAACAACGGCGUGAAUGGUGCUGGAAGCAGUGAUGCUGAAGCUCGAAUGAUACGUAAAAAUGAAUGGUUAACAGCGCUAGAACUUGAAGAGAUUAGGAAAAGAAUGGUGAAUGUAAACUUUGAAGAGGGUGUAAGCGAAGAACAAGAUGUUGACGAGGCUGUUGUGGAAGGUAAUAGUACAGAGGAUGACCAACCUGGUUCCGUGCUGAUGAAUGUACAAGAACUAACUGACGAGGAAAGAGAAAUUAUUGAAGAAAUAAGUAGUAUAACUGAGCACAAUCUUGACAUGGAACUACAGGGGUUUAAGAAGGUGGAGAGAACAUUACUCAGGAAACAUGUAAAAGAGGUGAAUAACGUUUUGGGAAAUAUUAUAACAGAAAGUAUAUCUGGAACAAAUAACUCAAUAAAAGCCUGCACCAUCUUGAUAGGAAGAAAAGUAGGUCUCAAACCUUAUCGCAAAAGGGCUAAUGAAAUGAAAGAACCUUGGUGGAAAAGGAGAAUAAAGGUGUCAAUUAAGGAAAUACGUAAACACAUCAAUAUACUCGAAAGAAAGGAAAGGGGAGAUUUGAAGAGAAUGGAAAAAUAUAAGCAACUUGAGCAGAAAUAUAGGAUAAAGAGAAAGGGGUUAAAAGUAGUAUUAGAAGAGCUGAAGCAACGAUUUAAAGCAAAAUCUAUGAAAAUUAAGAGAUACGAACAGAGAAUCGAGCGAUACAAAAUCAACAGGUUGUUCCAGCAAGACCAAAAACGGGUUUACCAACAGCUGGGUGGAAAGGUAAACAGCAAUGAAAAGCCUGAUGCUAUUGAAAGUAAACGGUUUUGGAGUAACAUUUGGGAUAACAAAGUAGAUCAUAAAAAAGAUGCUGAAUGGCUGAGAGAAUUACGAGCGGCUAAAGGCGAUGGGAAACAAGAUGAUAUUAGAAUUACGACUGAGAUGGUGAUCCAGCAAACAAGAAAGAUCCCAAACUGGAAAUGCCCUGGACCUGAUGGGGUACUAGGGUAUUGGUUGAAAAGUUUCACAGCAUUACAUGAGAGAAUUACAGAUCAAUUAAAUGACAUGAUUAACAACGGAGUUGAAAUUCCCAAAUGGAUGACCUCCGGUAAGACCGUUCUAUGCCAAAAAGAUCCUGGCAAAGGAAAUGCUGUUGACAACUAUCGGCCUAUCUCUUGUUUACCUUUGAUGUGGAAGCUGAUGACAGGGAUCAUAUCCAACGUUUUGUAUGAAUUUUUGGAGGAUGCUGAUAAGUUGCCAAAUGAGCAGAAAGGUUGCAGGAGGAGAAGCAGAGGGACGAAGGACCAACUGCUCAUCGAUAAAACAGUGCUGAAUGACUGUAGGAAGAGACAUACCAACCUGGGAAUGGCGUGGAUCGAUUAUAAGAAAGCCUAUAAUAUGGUCCCCCAUUCCUGGAUUCUCGAAAGUCUGGAACUGACAAAUGUGGCUGAUAAUGUUAUUAGUUUCAUCAUGAGAUCUAUGAGGAAUUGGAAUGUGGAUUUGACAUCGUGUGGUGAAUUCUUGGGUAAGGUCAACAUCAGGAGAGGGAUUUUCCAAGGAGAUAGUCUUUCACCUCUUUUAUUUGUGAUCUGUAUGAUUCCCCUCACAGACAUAUUAAGGAAAGUCCCAACGGGCUACACUCUGAAGUGUGGACUAAAGUUAAAUCACUUGCUAUUCAUGGAUGAUCUUAAGAUCUAUGGGAAGAAUGAACGUGAAAUCAAUGGAUUGGUCUCUACUAUAGAAAUAUUUUCAAAUAACAUAGGAAUGGAAUUUGAGGCCAAGAAGUGUGGCACACUUAUUUUAAAGCGAGGAAAGGUGGUGAAAACAGAUGGUUUAGAAUUGCCUAGUGGUGACAAAAUUAAGGAAGUUGAGGAUGAAGGCUAUAAAUACCUUGGAAUCACAGAAUUCGACAAAAUAAAGGAUAGUGAGGUGAAAGAAAGUUUCAGGAAAGAAUACCUACGUAGAGCAAAAGCUAUUAUGAAAAGUAGACUACAUGGAAGGAAUAAAAUCAUGGCGAUGAACACAUGGGCAGUGUCAUUAAUGAGAUACGGGGCAGGUAUCAUUAAAUGGAAUGUUGCCGAGCUUGAUGAGAUGGACCGCAAGACUCGGAAUAUUAUGACUAUGAAUAAGGAGUUUCACCCCAAGAGUGACGUUGAUCGGUUAUACGUAACGCGAAGUAAAGGUGGUAGAGGGCUGAUAGGUUGUAAGAGCUGUGUUGUUACAGAAGAAAACAGUCUUGGUUGGUACGUACGAAACCAUGAUGAACCAUUGCUCGUCGCAGUUAAUGGUAGCAACACAAUCCCACUUUGCCAAGAGUCAAUGAAACCGAACAAGUUUAAAGAACUCAAGCAAGAAGAAAGGUUUAACACCUGGAAAGACAAGGCGAUGCAUGGUCAAUACCUCAGAGAAAUGGAGGAGACAAAGUUAACACUUGGAGAUGGCUACAGAAAAGUGACUUGA